CCUUCUCCGCCUCGCUUGAAGGUUCCUGGUUAAGAUGGCGUCCCCGGUGGCCAUCGCGGCGCAGGUCGGGAAGCUUCUGCGAGGGCGAGCGCUGCGGCCGCCGCUCCUGGCGGUCAGGUCCCAGGCUGGUCACUUAACCCCCAGAAGAUGGCUGAACCUGCAGGAAUACCAGAGCAAGAAGCUCAUGUCAGAGCACGGGGUGAGAGUUCAGAGGUUCUUUGUCGCCAACACCGCGAAGGAGGCUCUGGAGGCAGCGAAGAGACUGAAUGCAAAGGAAAUUGUUUUAAAAGCCCAGAUCUUAGCUGGAGGACGAGGAAAAGGUGUCUUCAAUAGUGGUUUGAAAGGAGGUGUUCAUUUAACAAAAGACCCGAAAGUGGUGGGACAGCUGGCUCAACAGAUGAUUGGAUAUAAUCUAACAACGAAGCAAACUCCGAAAGAAGGUGUGAAGGUUAACAAGGUGAUGGUUGCUGAAGCCCUGGAUAUUUCUAGAGAAACUUACUUGGCCAUUUUGAUGGACCGGUCCUACAAUGGUCCCGUGAUAGUGGGCAGUCCCCAGGGAGGCGUUGAUAUCGAAGAAGUGGCGGCUUCUAACCCAGAACUCAUCUUUAAGGAGCAGAUUGACAUCUUUGAAGGCAUAAAGGAUAGCCAGGCCCAGCGCAUGGCGGAAAACCUGGGCUUCCGUGGGCCUUUGAAAAACCAGGCUGCAGAUCAGAUUAAAAAGCUGUACCAUCUCUUCCUGAAGAUUGAUGCCACUCAGGUGGAAGUGAAUCCCUUCGGUGAAACUCCGGAAGGACAAGUUGUCUGUUUUGAUGCCAAGAUAAACUUUGAUGACAAUGCUGAAUUCCGACAAAAAGACAUAUUUGCUAUGGACGACAAAUCAGAGAAUGAACCCAUUGAAAACGAAGCUGCCAGAUACGACCUCAAGUAUAUUGGGCUAGAUGGGAACAUCGCCUGCUUUGUGAAUGGUGCUGGAUUGGCCAUGGCUACUUGUGACAUCAUUUUCCUGAAUGGAGGGAAGCCAGCUAACUUCUUGGACCUUGGAGGUGGAGUAAAGGAAUCCCAAGUCUAUCAAGCAUUCAAGCUGCUCACAACUGAUCCAAAGGUGGAAGCCAUUCUUGUCAACAUCUUUGGUGGGAUCGUCAACUGUGCCAUCAUUGCCAAUGGGAUCACCAAAGCCUGCCGGGAGCUAGAGCUCAAGGUGCCACUGGUGGUCCGGCUUGAGGGAACUAAUGUCCAGGAGGCGCAGAGGAUCCUGAAAAGCAGCGGGCUCCCUAUCACGCCAGCUGUGGACCUGGAGGAUGCUGCCAAGAAAGCUGUUGCCAGUGUGGCAAAGAAGUGAUGCCUUUCCCCCUGGCUCCCGUGAAGAACUGUGAUUCUCUCAUCACUGUGAAAGCAAUUGUUAUCUCACUGGGAAGGGGGCACAUACAAGGACCGUUAUCUGAAAAGCUCUUAAGUCUGAACUUUCUCAAAUUCACUAUCCAGAGUGCCUAAAGCUGAUUUUACACUGUGGUCAUUGUUUAAAAAAAAAAAAAAAAUCAUACUUUGCAAUUUCACAUCUUCUCUUGCCCAGUCAGUAGCAGCGUCUGCCAGCUCUGGGCCACAAUGGUUGUGGCCAAAUAAUGUGCAUAAGUAUGAUAUUUGAAGCCAGAUCUAGGUUCAUUAGUGGACAUUUAAUCUACAAUAGAAAAAUUGCAGGUCUCACAAAUUCAGAGAGGAUUUUAUUUAACGUAGUGACUUCCAGGAGGACACAGCUAAGACACUUUGGCUUCUGUGAGCAGCCAUCUCCACUGGCUUCUAACUCUAACACACUUAGAAAGCACAUAAGCGCUGUAAGGGCGUCCUCGUUAAUAAGCGCACAUCGCACACAUCUAACCCCGUGCCUUAAUGUUGAAUGUACUGUCUGCCUCACACCAAAUUGCAGCCAGAAGCCUUAGUCACUGGUUUAAAGUGCAGGGUUUCAUUUCACAUCAGAGUUGCUGAAUGCAGAUUUUUUAUGAAACUCUGUAUUUCUUUAAGAGGCUACGCUGAGGAUCCAGCCGGGUUGGUGGUCGGGCUUCUCCCUCUCGUCCCUCCACCUCACCUCUGCCAGUUUGUCAUGGAAAGAUGGGAAAUGUCGUGGGAGAGAAUGUGGCCUUUCUAAUAAUGUCUUCUUCAUGAUGGGAAUUUUCUUAAUUUGAUUUUUUUGUCAUUUAAUUUUGAUGAAUUCGUGUUGAUAAACAUUUUAAAUAAAACUUUUUUAGUGCUGUGUUA